GACACCUUUAUGGCCACUUAAAUCCCUAACUCGAGUCUCGAGUCUCGACUAGUAAACCAACAAACGGGUUGGGCUAGAAGUUACAGCCAGCCACCACACCAGACUUCGAAGCAUGAAACCUCAACUUCUUUGAACUGUGCAACUCUCCAAAACCUUCUUUUUCACUCUCUCAUUCACUCAAGUGACGCCGGAAGUAGCACAACAGAGCACCAAACUCUGCUACAAAAAUGGGAGAGAUUAAAAGCUUCGACGAAUUCUUAAGAGUUCACGGCCUACUAUUAGCUGCAACUGGACUGCCUCAAUCUCUUUACGCUCAACUCUUUCGUAAACUCACCUCUGAAACUUUUGACGGUGGUGAAUUCUUCCAGAUUGAGCCUUGUGAAGAUGGUCGUCAAAGAAGGCUUGUUUUCACUUCUGAUUUCAUGCCUAAAAACUCCAAUCUUUUUCUUGUUGAUCAUGCUUGGACUUUCCGCCUCCCUGAUGCUCCCAAACAGCUUGAGGAAGUGCCAGGAUUGGUUGAGAGAAUGUCCUCUUUGAUGUGUGUUGAUGCUGAUUGCCAUGAAGACGACAAAGAAAGUGCUGAUGAUUUAAAUGAUAUUGAUGGAGAAUUGACUGCAGAAGAAACAGUAGAUAGUGAAAUAUAUAGGGCAAAAGAGACAAGGAAUGAUGGGGUAAAGUGGCUAGAGCUGGAGGAGCUCAACAUAGAUGAUGCCAAGCUAUUGGCUUUGGCUUUACCUUCCAAAUGUCCGAAUCUACUUGCUCUCAGUCUACUUGGGAACAAGAUAAAAAUGGUGGAAACUGUUCUGGAGGAACUUUCGAAACUGAAAGACCUACGUGCCCUUUGGUUAAAUGAUAACCCUGUUCUGGAGAAGAGCAACAUGGUGGAAGAUGUUCUUCAGGCAUUCCCAGAACUAGAGAUUUUCAAUUCGCAGUUUACACGUAAUUAUGGUGAGUGGGCAUUGGGAUUCUGUGGAGGAAUUUAUGGGAAGGACAAUCCUGGGAAUGAUGGUGAAUAUCAACUGCAGGAUAUUACCUCUCUUGACCUCUCAAAUAGAUGCAUCCGCAAUCUAAACAAUAAGGCAUUUUCAUCUGUUAAAAUUCCUCAACUUUUGCACUUAAAUAUUCGUGGAAAUCCAAUGGAAGAAAAUUCCGCUCAUGAGUUGCUCGAAAUGUUAAAGAGAUUUUCAUCACUGAAUUCUCUGGAGGUUGAUAUACCAGGCCCCCUUGGAGAAAGUGCACUAGAGAUUCUCGAAUCUCUUCCUAAUCUUUUUUAUAACGGGGUCAAAUCGACAAAAAUAUUUGAGACUGAAAAGCACGUGGUUGAUUCAGCGUUGCAACCACGUCUUUCUGAGUGGAAUCCUGAUGACCCCCUUGCAGAUCGUGUACUCAAUGCUAUGUGGUUGUAUUUAAUGACUUAUAGACUUGCUGAUGAGGAGAAGAUUGAUGAAACCUCUGUGUGGUAUGUGAUGGAUGAGCUGGGUUCAGCUUUGCGACACAGCGAUGAGCCAAAUUUUCGGACAGCACCUUUUCUGUACAUGCGUGAUGGGAAUCUAGCAUCAGCUGUCAGCUUCUCGAUUUUGUGGCCAACCCAAGAUGUUCGAGAAGGAGACGAGUGCACACGUGAUUACUUAUUAGGUAUAGGAGAGGAUAAACAACGUUCUGCGAGACUAACAGCUUGGUUUCACACACCUAAGAAUUAUUUUAUCAAAGGAUAUGAGAAAUAUCUUCUGAAGUUGCAAUCGAAAUGCUUCACUUCUCCUUCAAUGAGAUCACUGAAAACUUCAAGUCUGCUUUGCCAUCAAAAUAUUUUGCGAGUUUAUACAGAUAUACCCCAUGUUCAGGAGUUUUUGACUCGCCCUGAAUUUGCACUUACUAGUGAACCAAAGGACGCAGAUAUUUUGUGGACCAGCAUGCAGGUGGACGAGGCUGCUAAAAAGGCUGUUGGAAUAAGAGACGACCAAUACAUCAACCAAUUUCCUCAUGAAGCUUGUCUUGUUAUGAAACAUCAUUUGGCAGAAACUAUUCAAGAGGCACAUGGGACUCCUGAGUGGCUGCAGCCAACAUAUGAUCUGGAAAAGCAUUUAACUGAAUUAAUUGGAGAUUACUACGUACGUGAGAGAGAAGGGCUUGACAAUUUGUGGAUACUGAAACCUUGGAAUAUGGCACGAACUAUUGAUACAACAAUCACCAGUAACUUAUCUGCAAUAAUUCGUCUAAUGGAGACUGGUCCCAAAAUAUGCCAGAAGUAUAUUGAACAUCCAGCUUUAUUCAAAGGGAAGAAGUUUGAUCUUCGCUACAUUGUUCUUGUUCGCAGUAUAAAUCCUUUGGAAAUCUUCCUUUCUGAUGUCUUUUGGGUAAGGCUGGCAAAUAAUGCCUAUUCUUUGGAUAACCGAAGCUUAUAUGAGUAUGAGACUCAUUUUACUGUUAUGAACUAUCGUGGGAUAAUGAAUCACAUGCAAACACAAGAGUUUGUGAGAGAGUUUGAGCACGAGCACCAAGUGACAUGGUCUGAAGUCCAUCAAAGAGUUAGAAAUAUGAUCCGAUCUGUCUUCGAGGCAGCAGCCGCAGUACAUCCAGAGAUGCACAGUCCAAAAUCCAGGGCAAUCUAUGGUGUAGAUGUCAUGCUUGAUGCUUCUUUCUGUCCUAAGCUAUUGGAGGUGACUUACUGUCCCGACUGCACGAGAGCAUGCAACUACGACAUGGAGCCAGUGCUCAGUGAUGGAGCAGAAAUCAAGGGUCGCGACUUCUUCAACAGUGUAUUUGGCUGUCUCUUUUUGAAUGAAACAACCAAUGUAUCCCCACUAUGAAUGGAUAGAGGCUUUGAAUUGUAUUUGUAGGGUGCUGAGUUAGUGAAUUUUGAGCUGGUAUAUCUGAUUGUGCCUGGAAUAAUGAGGAUUGUAGAAGUUUAUUCAAAUGGGAACAUGUAACGUUUUUGCCUUUGGUCGUGAUCUUGGGUGAUUAUAUUCAUAUGAGAAUAUAUAAUAUAUAAUAUAUUCUCAGCUGUAUAGUUCUGUUUUUUUGUCA